ACCGCUGGCGCUUGGCCUUCACCAAAAGAGUUGAUCAAUCUCCAAAAGAGUUGAUCAAUCUGUUGUGAGGGAGGAAAGCCCUGGACGAAGAUUUUACACCAAAAAACAUUAGAUUGUAACGCUAUUGAUUUUCAAAAAACACAGGCAGCCCAGAGGUACAACUUACCCUUCAAGGGAUCUCUAUGUUCUUUUCUUCUUCUGUUGCCGAUUGGAUUUUGAAAGCACCUUUUUUUUUUCCUUUUUGCUCGAAUUUGAUGAUCGAACUCCAAAAUUUUCGAUUAAUAACAUCUAAUCCUCUUUUUUCGGUGCCUGCUCGAACCUAGAGUUCACUAACGGUCAUUUGACUCUUCAUACUACCCUAGGAACCUAAAGUUCGUUCACCGAAAAAAAAAACCCCCCUUUAAUCGUUGAUCCGAUUCUUCGAGUACUAGAAAGCAUCUUGCCUCUAAUUUUCACAGAUAACGUGGGUUGAGGUGCGCUGAUUGCGAAAUCUCCUGCUGAACUAAAGUCAAACUGUGUUUCCCUUCCCCAUUAUCUUAAUUUCCUUCUUUUUUGCUUUGGAGAACUUGUUCCCUUCUUUUGUUUCUCUUAUGGCAUCGCCAUCUAGCUCCAAAUCCGAGACAGCUAUAAUCGAGCAAGUUAUCACAGAAUUUUUUGCCAAAAGCGUGCACAUCAUUCUCGAAUCGAGGUCUCCAUAUGUUUCUUCCCGGAACUACAGUGCUGAUCCUUUGAUCUCAUCCCCUUCUCCGCCCUCAUCCUCGUCGAGCUUUAGACCAAGGGAUAAAUGGUUUAACUUGGCCCUGAGAGACUGCCCAGCUGCACUAGAGAAUUUUGACCUAUGGCGGCAGAGCAACCUUGAGCCAGUGGUUGUUGACGUAAUCUUGAGGGAUAGAAAAUCAGUUCGGAAUGUGAGUUUUCCUUCUCCAGCUGGGUUGCUUGUGCGGAACCUCUCUUCUAGUGGUGAUGAGUUUGUCCGUGAAAAUAGAAACGAAAAGGUUGUGGAGAGGUGGAUUGUGCAGUAUGACAGUCAAAGUAGCAGUUGGUUUACUAGGGAAUCUUCUCAUCAAGGAAGAAAGAAAGGUAGCCGGGCUGCCUCCCACCCAUCUGAAUUCCAGGUCAUGUACAAGAAAGCUUACAGGAGGAUCAUAGUUCUACUCAGAUCCGUGUAUGCUGCUGUCAGGCUAUUACCUACUUAUAAGCUAUUCAGAGAUCUCAAUGCCUCUGGUCAGAUCCACCCACUGAGCCUUUCUCACAGGAUUUUAUCUGUUGUUCAUCCUUUUAGUCGUGAGGAGGAUGCUGAGAUGAAUCAGCUUGGUUUUGGGCCGCUUGACACUUUCUUUGGUAAGUUGUCCCUUUCUGUCACCUAUUUGAAGAAAAUUGAAGUUGUGGGCUCAGAGCCUUCUACUCCCAUGUCUACUCAAUUUAUUAUGGAUUAUGUUGGAAGCCCUCUGGCUGAUCCACUGAAGAGGUUCCCGUCACUUCCUUAUGCUGGUUCUGCGCCUUCAUGUGUUUCAUUAAGCAGAAGGCAUAGUUGGAGUAAUGAUCAUGGUGAAACUACUUCCUUUUCUCUUACUCCAUCGCCUGCUUACUCAGAUUCCCGAGCUCUGGAUCGUAAUUUGAACCCCCAUCUCCCCUAUCCUAAUCAUUUGCUCGACACUUCUUCAUUGCCAUGCUCUUUACCAAAAGGGUCAUAUGCAGCGUAUACCAAAAAUUUUGACGAGUACAGGCCAUCACCACCAUUUUCACCUUCGUCUUCUCCAUCACCUCCAUCCCAUUUGUCCAAAGCUCUUAUACGCUCAGAAAGUGCUCCAGUAAGUAUCCCCUGGCCAGGGCAAAGGGGACGUGGUGGAGGCCAAAUUCAUGGACUGCCUCAUCCUUAUUCCAACAGAAAGAGGCAGGGAUACCCUUCUCAGGCAGAUAGUAUUGGCACUGAACCAAGCACAACAUCGACUCCCCACACUUUUUCACCUGAAAAAAUGCUGCAACUAAACAAAGAAUCAUUUAGUUUGAUGGAGGUGCAGACUGGCGUGUUGCUGCCAAAGAUUUUCCCUUCUGGGAAAGACCAUGCUGUAAAUCUACCAAUCUUGAAAGUUCCGUCUAACACUCCAUCACACGUACCAUCUAGAAGCUCCAGCAGGUUAUCUUUGAUGGACGAAUUUGAUGAUUCUGGCUUUUCCACCCCCUUUGCUGAUGAUGACGUGGAUGUCACAAAUUCAUACAGGGUUGGAUCUGCUGAUUGCAAAUAUCAUGCAGGGGAGAAUCUGGGCCCUGGAGAGUUAAUUCCAAUCAAAAGAUCUCCUGAUGCAGCUGUUGGCGCUCUAGUUAGGAUGCUUAGGACCGCACCACCACUACAGCUUGAUAAUUCCAACACGCUCAAAUCCAUGCAAGCUUCCGAGGACGAAAUUUCAAGUGAGAAAUUCCGGCAGGAAAAGAAAAGUAAUGAUGAAAAUGAUGCGGAAAAGGUCGAUAGUUCUUCGUGUUUGGAUAUUACAGCUUCAGAACUCUCAAAGUCGAGGACCACUGCUGAUGCAUUAGAAGAACUCCAAACUUAUAAGCAUAUGAGAGAAUUAAUACUCAAACAAGGUGAAUCCAUUGUGCAAGAUAUUGAAGAUGCUGCAAAAUCUGAUUCCGGAGAUCUAACGGCACUUCAGUGAACCAUUUAUUGUGUAUAUAUAUGUACAGAAUCUUACUAUCUUAUAUGCCUACUUACUCUACAUUGAACUUUGUUGUAUAUAUGGCUGCGGCUUAAGGUUUGCAUGGCGCUUCCUUUGUUUCUGAGUGCAUGUUGGCUGCUUAAGAAGUAAUGAUUUGAAAGGAAAAAUGUUAAAAUGUAUAUAUUGCUGGAUGAGAACGACAUGAGUAGUCACUUGAUAUGUUUUGAUGGACCCACCUUUCUUGUGUCAUAAAUGUAUUUUUGUUUCUAGCUUUAUUAAUGGAU